CAUGAACCACCUGCUGAGAGUCCCGGUCCAGGCCAGCCGAGCCUUCAGCAGCUCUGCCAGACAGCUGAAGAACAAAGUCCCCGAAGCCCAGAAGCUCUUCCAGGCGGACAACAGCUUGCCGGUCCACAUCAAGGGAGGAACCGGCGACGUCCUGCUCUACAGGGCCACCAUGACGCUGACCAUGGCAGGAACCUGUUAUUCUCUGUACUGGCUGCUCUUCGCCUCGAUGCCUCAGAAGAAAGCGUAGAGGAGAAGCAGAGGCCCGGCUCGGUCUAUCGCCUGGAGAGCUGGGCUCCGUCUAACACUGAUGUUUAUUUUUGUGUGUGUGUGAUUCUACUUGACGUCCUUGUUUCACGGCAGAAAUGUAAAAAAGGAAAACUGUCAAAUUAAAGUCCUCCAGAGUGUU